AUGGCCGCCGAGAGACCAGACAAGAAGGACAAGAAGGAGAAGAAGGAGAAGCGCGCCAGCGAUGAGACGGGCGUGAGCAAGUCCAAGAAAGACAAGAAGGAGAAGAAGGAGAAGAAGGACAAGCUGGCGGCCGCGCUCGAGGAGAAGCUGCAGAAGGAUGCCGCCGCGCAGAGUGCUGGCAAGGCCGCUGCUGACGAGGACUCGGACAUGGAGGAGGCCAAGGAGGAGCUGCCGCUGGAGCGGACCGUCGUGCCCUUUGCGGUGCCCGUCGCGGACGAGAAGGGCAUGAAGAAGGUCUACAAGACGAUCCGGAAAGCGGCCAAGAACGGCACUCUCAAGCGCGGCGUCAAGGAGGUCGUCAAGACGCUGCGCAAGUCGUCGCCCUCGGCCCCGGGAUACACGGGCUUCCCCGGCGUGGUGGUCAUCGCGGGCGACAUCUCGCCGCAGGACGUCAUCUCGCACAUCCCCGUGCUGUGCGAGGACCACAACGUGCCCUUCAUCUUCGUGACGUCGCGCGCGGAGCUGGGCGCGUCGGCCAAGACGAAGCGCCCGACGAGCGUCGUCAUGAUCAUGGAGAAGGCCGACGGCAAGAAGAAGGCGGCCGCCAAGAAGGACGAAAAGGACGACGACGAGGGCGAGGGCUUCGGCGAGGCGUACGCGUCGCUCGUCAAGUACGCGCAGAAGGAGUACACGAAGCAGGCCUUCUGGGCCAAGGGCGAGUCCAAGGCAUGA